UGAAAAUGGUUUCUGCAAAAGAUGUAGCAAGAGCCAUCAUGGUCUUGUAUGUAAUUGGCUUUCUUACAAAUGCUGAUGGAAAAUCAAUUAAGAAAAGAGCUGUGACCGAAGUACAACUGAUGCAUGAUUGGGCUGAAUACCUGAACAGGGAAACCAGGUUGGAAUGGCUGAGAAAGAAGCUUGCGGAGAUACUGCCCCCCAGUACUAUCUCCCAUGGGGCCCCUAGGGCCCUGGUGGCCCCUGCAGAGGUCCGGCUCCGAAAGAGAGCAGACACCAGUCUGAUUGCAAAUCAGGAUCACCAGCUGGCUCCGGGAGAGAAGACACACGGGAAGACUGACAAGGCUGACGUGGACAUCCUGUCUAAAAUCAAUCCUUAGCUAGAAGAGAUACAGCAAGAGGUUGGAUCACUAUGGCCCAGGCCCCUGUCACCAUUGUCCAUGCUGCUGAUCAUCCUGGCUCUGUUGAAAUGACCACAGUCCCUUGGUUGUCCCACCCCUAACCAGCUGCAGGCAAAUAAGAAUCGUCGCAGUUAGUUCAUUUUAUUGCCUGUUUUGAUCUUAUCUAUCUCAUUUUUAAAAGCACUUUCAAUGAUCCUAUUUCUACUGCUAAUUUUUUUUUGAAUGUAUGUUUGUGCACCACCUAUAAAGGAAUAAAAUUGCACUUUCGCUCUUCCUUUCUACUUUACAAUGCCAAAUAAAAUC